AUGCUCGACCCAUCCAUCGAGCUUGAUGAGGAAACGCUGCCGACCUACCGAGCCGAAAAAUACUACCCAGUGAGCCAGGGUGAGAUUUUCAACGAUCGAUAUCAAACGAUUGCCAAAAUAGGCUACGGAGUGACCUCAACCGUCUGGCUUGCAAAAGACUUGAUUGCAUCGACAUAUGUUGUUUUGAAAGUCUAUGUAACCGGCGAAAGCGGAGACCUCGAACGAGAGCUGCGCAUCUACAAGCACAUGAAUAUGGUGGAAACGCGCCAUCCUGGCAGGAAUUUUAUUCGAAAACUCCUCGACCACUUCUAUAUCCAAGGCCCCCAUGGUCGUCACAUCUGUCUUGUUCACGAGCCACUUGGAACGACUACGGAUGUUCUGCUUAAGAUGUUCCCUGGGCACGUAAUGACCCUUGAUGAUAUGAAGCCUGGUAUCCGACAACUACUUGUUGCAUUGGAUUUUCUGCACUCGGAGUGUAAUAUCAUUCAUACUGAUCUUCAGCUGAAGAACUUGCUACUUCCCAGUCCAAAGGCAGAUUAUCUUUCUCGAUUCGAAGAAGCCGAGGCUGCAGACCCGUCUCCUAGAAAAGCCCUCCAAGACAGAACAAUCUACAAGACGUUGAGUUUUCUUCCCAGGGGGGGACUUCCUGUUCUCGCUGAUUUCGGGGAAGCCCGAUUCGGCGACAAAGAACACGAUGACGAUAUAAUGCCAAAUGUUUAUAGAGCCCCGGAGGUAAUUUUGAGGUCAAGCUGGGAUUACAAGGUGGACAUAUGGAAUGUUGCCAUGGUGGCCUGGGACAUCAUCAGCCCUCGCACGCUUAUCAGUGGCAAGAAUACAGAUGGUGUAUUUGAUGACCGGGUCCACAUGGCGGAGCUGAUUGCUCUCUUAGGACCUCCGCCCCCCGAAUUCUUGGAACAGAGACGUCUGAGCUCAGUCUUCUGGGACGAGGCAGGUAACUGGAAGAAUCUAGCAUCAAUUCCAGAUACGUCUCUUGAGAAACUGGCAACGGAUGUGGAAGGUGAAGACAAAGAAGGGUUUUUGCGAUGGCUCCGAAUGGCCUUGCGGUGGAAUCCCGAGGACCGGCCGACUGCUCUAGAACUUUUAUACGAUGAGUGGUUGAUGGAGGGGUUAUAG